AUGGAAAUGGAUAAAUCUUGCUCGCAAAGAGGGCUUUUCGUUCACUUCCAUGGAAAGUCCAAUGACUACAUAUAAGCCAUUAGAUGGGUUGCAGUCGCCAAUAAUAUCUGAAAAGCCUGAUCAAUUACCACAACCAAAGCUUCCAGUCUCCAAAGUUCUUCUUUAUUCAUCGUAUACCAUCAUCAUUCAUUUAUGUGAAAUUGACGGUAAAAUUCCUUUCAGUAAUGCAGCUUGUGUUCUGGUUAUUGAAAUUUUUAAGCUUCUUCUUUCACUUGUUAUGUUUACUGCCGAAGUGAUUCAGGAACAGUGGAGGGUGGUAACUCCAAAGAACUUCAAUUCUUUCUUGUGUAAUCGACUGAAACGUGAAUUUUCGACGGAAGAAGAAGGAAGUAACACUUCUUCGAAAGUGCAACUUCUUUGGCUCUUGGCACCAUUUGCGAUUCCUGCGAUAUUUUAUACUAUAACAAAUAAUUUGGGAAUAGUAAUUCAAAUGGAAAUGGACCCAGCCACUUAUCAGGUAUUGGGGAACUUGAAGGUUUUCAGUACGGCCAUCCUCUUUAGAAUUAUCAUCAAAAGGUAA